UGUAGCGUACGGACUUUCUGCUUCUCUCCAUUAAAUCCCUUCCUGGUAGCAUGAGAAGCAAGUAUUCAGUCUGUGAUCUCAGCCAAGCAAGGAUCUCUGGACAGAUGGCAUCAGUGUGGUGAUUUUUAUCAGUCUGUUUUCUCUUGAGCAGCAUCUUGCUUGUGGUACUUCAGUCUCUUCCCACACCCCGUUAUUGCUCAGGGCAUUCCCAGGACCUGAUGGAUUUCUGAUACAUCGCUCCUGAGGGGGCUGGAAGGAGCAUGGUUAAACACCAACCGCUGCAGUACUACGAACCACAGCUAUGCUUGUCGUGCCUGACGGGAAUCUACGGCUGCCGCUGGAAACGGUACCAGCGGUCACAUGAUGACACCACCAAGUGGGAGCGCCUCUGGUUCCUAAUUCUGACCUCCUCCUUCUUCCUGACACUGGUCUGGUUCUACUUCUGGUGGGAAGUCCAUAAUGACUACAAUGAAAUCAACUGGUUUUUAUAUAACCGAAUGGGAUAUUGGAGUGACUGGUCCAUUCCAAUACUUGUAACAACUGCUGCUGGCUUUACAUACAUUACAGUGUUGUUGAUACUGGCAUUAUGUCACAUAGCUGUGGGACAGCAAAUGAACCUACACUGGCUUCACAAGAUUGGCCUGAUGACGACUUUGAUAACUACCGUGGUGACCAUGUCAUCGAUAGCACAGCUUUGGGACGACGAAUGGGAGAUGGUAUUUAUUUCACUUCAAGCCACAGCUCCUUUCCUGCACAUAGGAGCUCUUGCAGCGGUCACGGCCCUGUCGUGGUUGAUAGCUGGGCAGUUUGCAAGAAUGGAGAAAGCCACUGCUCAGAUGCUGAUGUUCACUGCAUACCUCGCAGUUGUAGUUGCACUUUACCUCGUCCCUCUCACCAUUUCGUCCCCUUGCAUAAUGGAGAAGAAGGCUCUGGGACCAAAACCGGCUAUUAUAGGUCACCGUGGAGCACCCAUGUUGGCACCAGAGAACACUCUGAUGUCCUUCCAGAAGGCAGUGGAGCAGAAGAUAUAUGGAGUCCAAGCUGAUGUUGUACUGAGCUACGAUGGAGUGCCAUUUCUGAUGCAUGACAAGACACUCAGGAGAACAACGAAUGUAGAGGAAGUGUUUCCAGAGCUGGCCUAUGAGCACUCCUCCAUGUUCAACUGGACUGACCUGGAAAAGCUCAAUGCUGGAGAGUGGUUCCUACAGAAUGACCCUUUCUGGACGGCCGGGUCUCUCUCACGCUCUGACUACUUGGAAGCUGCCAACCAGUCAGUCUGCAAGCUAGCAGAUAUGUUAGAGGUGGUGAAGGACAAUGCAUCGGUCAUCUUGAACUUCCAGGAGCUGCCACUUGCUCAUCCUUACUACAGCACCUACAUCAACGUCACCCUGGAAACUAUCCUGGCAUCAGGGAUUCGACAGCAGGCUGUGAUGUGGCUGCCGGAUGCGGAGCGGCAGCUGGUCAAACGGAUCGCACCGGGUUUCCAGCAGACUUCUGGCCUCAAGCUGGAUACGCGGCGCAUGAAAGAGAAGGGAAUCGUGAAACUUAACCUGCGCUACACCAAGGUCACAAAUGAGGACGUCAGGGACUAUGCCACAGCGAACCUGAGCGUGAAUCUCUACACUGUGAAUGAGCCCUGGCUGUUCUCCAUCCUGUGGUGCGCCGGUGUCCAGUCAGUCACCUCCGACAGCUCCCACGUCCUUCGCAAGGUGCCUUCUCCCAUCUGGCUCAUGCCUCCAGACGAGUACCGUCUAAUCUGGAUCACAUCUGAUCUCAUUUCAUUUAUCGUAAUUGUAGGAGUUUUUAUAUUCCAGAACUAUCACAUGAUCAGGUGGCGCCUGGGAAGCAUCAGGACGUACAACCCGGAGCAGAUCAUGCUCAGCGCUGCUGUGCGCAGGUCCAGCAGGGAUGUCAAGAUCAUGAAGGAGAAGCUGAUCUUCUCAGAGAUCAACAACGGCGUGGAGAACACGGACGAGCUGUCGCUCUGCUCGGAGAACGGCUACUCCAACGAGAUGGUGACCCCCACGGAUCACCGGGACGCCAAGCUGCGGAUGAACUGAGGAGCCCGGACCCGACGCCGCGGCGUGGCCGGCUCCCCGCCGUCCUCCCCUCYGGCUGCGAGAGCCGUGCUCUCCUGCCCGCUCCGGGACGGGAACCUUCGAGGAACUGCUCCUUGGGCAGACACCCCUUCCCAUCAGCGGCCACUCCGCCUCCCUGGUUGCGAGGUCGUGGGGCUGUAUUAUUAUUAUUUUUUUUUGUAAAUAUGUAGAAAAUCUAAUUUUUUUGUCUUUUUUUUUGAGUGUACCUGUUUUUUCCAGGGCAUGAAUGGAAGUACUUUGUUCAUUAAAUCAUCCACCUUAUGGCUGAAGUUAUUUGCAUCUUGAUGUGGUGGCCUUGGGGAGGCUGGGGGAAGCAGGGGGAACGUGGCUCCCCUUCCUUCCCUUCCCUUGGUGCAGCGACUGUGUAGCUGAACUCCGUUUAAAACGUACGUUGUGAAGUUCUCGUGAAGUGUCGUUUUUGUUCUUUUUUGGGGAUAUUUUAUUCUUUUUUAAAUCUUUCCCCCUGCUUGGACAAUGAAGUUCCAGCUCUGCUGGAACAGGAGGCUGUUUGGAAGAGAGAGAAGCUUUCCUGGGAGAGAUCGUGCUGCUCUUCCUUGCUGGAGUUGAGAGCCGAGGGAGGAAUUGCACUGGCUCAUUUGUUCGGGCACUUUCUCCCUGUCCUGUCCCCUUUUCCCAAAAUGAUGCUUUAAGGAGGACAACCUUCAAAAUAACCUAUUGCUGUCCUAAAGGCUGUGAACUGGCCCCUGUGGRCAGCAAUAAUUUGGAUUCCUUUUAGUUUUUCUCUCCCUUGCGUGGAGCUCUAGUGUGAUGGCUUGCAAAUAAAGCAAUGCUGAGGGCACCGCCACUGCUUGGAGAUCUGGCUGAAGUGCCUGCUACUUCGUGUGGCAUUUGCAAUUGCUCCUCCAUCUCCUGUCCUUGCACCCCCAAAGAAGAGGUGGCAACACAGUGCGAGCUCCUGUCUUUUGGGGGCCAAGCAGAUACCCAUGGGCAGAGGAUUUGUACAUAGYUUGGCAGGGGAAAGGGCCAAGGAGAAUAAUUUAUUCUUGCAAGGAGACCUUUAUCUGCUUGCUUUCCAAGCAGAAUGUUUUUGAGGCUGCAUGUUCAUGUCCUCCAGGCGAGCAGUGAUCUUGCGGCCCAUGCUGAGGAGCUCGUGGAGGUGAGAGCUCUCU